CUCGUGUCUGUUCAAAAAAAUAUCAGACCACACAUUUAGCUUGAUUGUGGUAUAGAGGCAGCUUUGCGAAACUGAGAGAGCAAGGCCAUGGCUUCCAUCACUACCUCACUUACAGUCCGGACUUCCCCACUCCGUUGUGUGUUAAAUGCAAACACAACUCCGUCCACCAAGCAGGCGUGGAUGGCUCUCCCAGGGCGGAGACAGUUGAUAUCUCUGGUGACGGCAACAACAGUUCUGAAAGCGCUGGAAAUGCCGUCCAAGGCUGAGGACAUUGGGCUCUUCGGGCUGAGAAAGAAGAUUAAGAAAGUAGAGGAGGAGGCUGAAGAAUUAGUCAAGGAAGGAUUCGAUGCGGCAGACAAGGGAAUUGAAGCGGCUGAGAAAGGAUUGGUGACGGCUGAGAAGGGGAUAGAAGCAGCUGAGGAGAAGAUUGAGAGUAGCAUGAGUUUUGGUGGGUUAGCGCAAGCUGGAGCGGUGGUUGGAGCUGAAUUAGUUGGAGUUUUGGUGGCUGGAGCUGUUGUUAAUGGCAUUUUAGGACCUGAAGCUCAAAAAUCCUGAAACCUGCUUUUCAUGUAAUUUUUCCUAAAUGUUAUUUGCAAAUUAAAUUUGAUCUGUGUUUAGCUAAAUUCAAAGAAUGGCAUUCUAAUAAAGUUAUAUGUAGAUAAUUGUUUUAAUA